GCGGCUGCCGCCCGCGCCGGGGAGCAGCAGCACCGCCAGCCCUCCUCGGCACCGGCCUCUUCUUCCACAGCUCCUGGAGCCGGGGAUAGCCUUCGCGACGCCUCCAUGGCCUCCCGCACGGCUAACAGCGCGAGCGGCGACGCCCGGUCACCUACAUCAGACCUCAACGUGGCAUUGCGUGAGUGUAUGGCAGCUCUGGAUUUAUUUCUUAACAACAAGUUCUCAGAUGCUUUGGCGUCUUUACAAGCAAAAACUAAAGAUAGUAUGUACCAUGCAUUGACUUAUGCCACCAUAUUGGAAAUGCAAGCUAUGAUGACAUUUGAUCCUCAGGACAUAUUGAAUGCAGGAAACAAAAUGAAGGAAGCUCAAGCCAUCUGCCAAAAAUUUAGGAAGAAAUCUACAGUAGCUGAUUCUAUCAACAACCUUGUGCACAGACAAAGCCUUGAACACUUUACUGAAGAGGAAAUCCAUGCAGAAAUUUGCUAUGCUGAGUGUUUACUUCAGAGAGCAGCCCUCACAUUCCUUCAGGAUGAGAAUAUGGUUAGCUUCAUAAAAGGAGGCAUCAAAGUCCGAAACAGUUACCAAACAUACAGGGAGUUGGACAGUCUUAUACAGUCUCCACAUUAUGUUAAAGGAGAGAACCAUCUGCAUUUUGAGGGAGGUGUAAAACUUGGAGUUGGAGCAUUUAAUCUGACAUUGUCCAUGUUUCCUGCCCGAAUUCUGAGAUUACUGGAGUUUGUUGGAUUUUCUGGAAACAAGGAGCAUGGUCUGCUGCAGCUUCAAGAAGGAGCGUCAUCAUACAGCUUUAGGUCGGUGCUGUGUACCAUGCUGUUGCUUUGCUAUCAUACUUUCAUGACCUUUGUGUUAGGGACAGGAAAAGGAAAUGUUGAGGAGGCAGAAAGACUACUUAAGCCUUACUUGGCUCGCUAUCCAAAGGGAGCCAUAUUCCUGUUUUUUGCAGGCAGGAUAGAAACUCUGAAGGGUAAUAUCGACGCAGCAGUUAAUAGGUAUGAAGAAUGCUGCGAGGCCCAGCAAUACUGGAAGCAGUUUCAUCACAUGUGUUACUGGGAGCUCAUGUGGUGCUUCACCUACAAGCGCCAGUGGAAGAUGGCUUUCUUCUACGCAGACCUGCUAAGCAAAGAAAACACUUGGUCAAAGGCUACUUAUAUUUACAUGAAAGCUGCUUAUCUCAGUAUGUUUGGGCCAGAUGACUGCAGUCCUUUUGGAGACAGCGAAGCUGAAUUAUUUAGGAUUGUUCCCAGUUUGAAACUGAAAAUUGCAGGGAAAUCUCUGCCUACUGAAAAGUUUGCAAUUCGGAAAGCUCGACGGUAUCUUUCAUCAAACCCCAUUCCUUUGCCUGUUCCACCUUUGGAAAUGAUGUAUAUCUGGAAUGGCUAUGCUGUAAUUGGAAAAUGUCCCAACUUAACAGAAGGCAUGUUGGAGACUUUAAUUGAAGCAGAAGAAGCAUUGGCAAGAAGCUCAGCCACAGAAUUACUAGCAGAUGACCAGUGCGUGAUAAAACUGUUAAAGGGCUUAUGCCUCAAGCAUCUGGGCAAGAUCUCAGAAGCAGAAGACCAUUUUAAUUACAUCUAUUUAAAUGAGAAGAAGAUAAAAUAUGACCAUUAUCUCAUCCCAAAUGCCUUGCUGGAGCUGGCAUUACUGUAUCUAGACCAGGAUAGAAGAGAAGAAGCAAUAAAACUACUGGAAAGAGCAAAACAAAACUACAAGAAUUACUCCAUGGAAACAAGAACACAUUUCAGAAUCCAAGCUGCCCUGCACCAAGCCAAAUCCGCCCCAGAAAAUGGAAUGCACUCUGGAGCCUCGGCAGUGUCGUAACUUUUUCUUCUUUGAUGUCCUGUUUGCUGCAAACUUUGGUGCAGAAAAGUACUGACACUUUACAAUAAUUUUUUUUUCUUCUCUUUCAAGUCAGUGAGAAACCAAAUCAUUUAAAAUUUCAAAGGUGAUGCAUAAAACGUUAAUCCAGUGUAGUACAUGGCAAAAAACCCAACCCCCUCACAAAGCAACCGUAACCCUGGAAAAUACUCCAUUUCCAGCCGUGGCUUUUUGAAUCCUUACAUCUGUGUCAUUCAUUUUUCAGUCCUGUGUGCCUUUUCCUUAUGUUCACAACAUUUGCCACAACAUCAAGGGGAGCAAUUGGAAAAAAACCAAAACCCCAACACCCAAACAACAAAACUUUAAAGACACAUGGAUUGAAUCUCAGUCAGCUAUCGGUGUUUGUUUGAAUUCAUCCUGCCAGCAGCUGAGAAAGAAGCAUCACUUUUUCCAAGUACCUACAGAAUUGAAACGGUGGGAGAAAAUGUUGGUGCACAAGAGACACAGCAGGGAGGAGCUCUGAAUCCUGGGCAUUUCUCAUUGUGCAUGGAAUGCUUCUCUUGACCAGUUUUUACUGGUUAUAUUUUUGCUUCUGUAAGAAACUUGCUGGUGGAAAAAAAAAUGGUCUCGCUUACGCAAGUAUCUUGACUUUAAUUUGGUUUUCAUGUCAAGUCUGCUGCUUGUAGCAGCUGAGUGAUUUAAUGAGGAUUUGGGGGAGGGGAUGACAGUAUAAAACUACAUCACUUUGACAAGUUUCAAACAGGAGGUCCUUAGGAAAAAAAGGUUUUUUCAUCAGAAAGAAUGCGAUCCGAGGUUUCUGUCAAAUUUAAGGCACGUGUCCUUGAAGGUCACUUCAGAAACACCAAUAUUGCAUUUGGCUGCACAGCAAUGCAAGAGUUACUGGGACAGUCGAUUCCUUCUUGAACCCAUUGGUGGUAGUUCUGCCUGACUGCAGAUGUCCAGUUUCAAAUGUUGAUGCUUCCCAUGUUAAAAUGCUGGGGUUGGAGCAGGCUCCCUUGGCACACUUGUCAGAAAGGAGAACCCUUUCUCUUUUUGCUCUUUAUAUUGAUCUUUUGGGGGAAUUUCUGUGUAAGUGGCUAUGAGAACAGAGCAGUGAGCUAGGUCUGCUUUCCAGUGCUUUCUGCCAUAGAAUUGCUGCUUUUCUGUAAGGCUGGUGAAGUCAGACAGAACACAUAUCUGACUUGUAUUUACUGUUCUCCAGGCCAGCUCCAUGUUUGUAUGCCUGUGGCUUUUUGGGGCACACUUCUACCUCCCUUUUGAAAGAGCUUCCUCAGACACCUUCUGCUAUGUGGAGAUGGGAGAGGUCUUCUGGCAGCCCCUUUUCUCUGAUGGAGAUGUUUGUCAGGAAGACUCAUAUCUGUGUACCUCACAGUGAAUGUCCUUUUGAAAGUGAUUGUUCCCAGCAGAAGAGAAAGUUGACAGUUUAUAGCUCUGCUUUUACCUUCUCUAAGGAAAUUAUGUUGUUUUAUAACUGCAAAUUAAAAGGCAAGGAGACAGAACCACCUGUUUCUCAACAUGGAAAACUUGCAUUAUCUUAAAAACAGACACUCUUUGUAAGUCUUCCCAAGUUGAAGUCCUAGAUGAAGAAUGCAUUUUUUAAAGGGAUUUUCUCAGUCAAAUUCAGUUGAGACAGAUUUCUCAAUUCAGACAAAAUUCAGUACAAAGGGUUAUGCUAUUUACAUAUUGCACACCAAAACUUAAGUGUAAAAAUUCAGUCAUCCUUUGUAUAGAAUAAAAAAAGGUUCUUGUUCUAUCUCAUGCAUCUAACGCCUCUUCUUCCAGUCGUGCCCUUUUCAAAUA